AUGAUGAAACUCUUAUUAAAAUUCCAACGUUAUAUAAGGUGCUAUAAAUAUGCUUAUCGUAUCGUCGAAGAUUCUUAUGCACGUGAACGCUUUGUAAUAAUUUAUAGAUGUAAGAACUGGUCCGUCGGAUUGAUGGUGCUCAUUCUGGAAGAGGAGGUGAAGAAGAGGCGGUUGCACAAGACUCGAGGACCAUUAAAGCCCUCGGUACCUCCCCAUGAUCGGGCACUUUCUCUCUCGGAACCCGCUCUCGGCAAAAAGUUGUCUGUUUGGACAUCCUCGGGGUUAUGUGGUGUCGAAACCUCUCAAGUCCCAGCUCAUCUUUGGCCAGGUCUCAACAAAUUCCUUUACAGUUCAAGGCACGAGUAA